AUUGAUCAGUUCAAUUGAAAGAAUUUAACACCAUCUAGCGAAUCAGAAACGUAACUAUCUGCAUUUCGAAUGAAUUUUGUUACACGUGCUGCCAUCUAAUCGCGAAAUGGCAAAACUACCGGCAUUUUUGAAACAGAUUAUUAUCUCAUUCUCGUCUCGAGGAGAUGUAAGAUGUAUGCACUAGAUGCACACAUAUUGAUUGAGAGAUUACUAAAACGGGUAUGAGUUCGCACUUGCUUAUCGUGUUUGUCAUGCUACUAUCAUCAUAUCAACACUAUGAUUAAAUUGUAUGACGUAGUGUUUUUUUAAAUACAAAGUUCAAGAAAUCUAACAUCAUACGUGUGUCGAAAGCAGCGUCAUUCUACUCUCGCGUUUACUACUACUCGCGUUCAAUAUGCCACAGCAAUUCAUUUUGCAGGGUGAGAAAUUGGUUACGGAACUUAAUUUAUCAGUGGGAGAAUUGAUGUUAACGCAAUUGACGACGCAUGGCGAUCGCGUGGCGCAGAUAAAUCCCCAUACUGGUAAGGAGCAAACAUUCCAGCACAUCUUGGAUACUAGCCGGAAAUUGGCGAUUUUUCUGCAAAGGGAAGGACUUGGGAUAAAUGACACUAUAGCUGUGUGCAGCGAAAACAAUCUGGAGUUUUGUAUUCCACUGUGCGCUGCGUUUUACCUGGGUGCUAUUGCCUGUCCAUUAAAUCCAUUAUAUUCUGAAAGAGAAUUGAAGCAUGUUCUUAACAUUUCAAAGCCAAAGUAUAUUUUUAUUUCGCCGGUGGCACUUAACACCUUAAAAAAUGUAUUCAGAGGAUUGCCUUGGUCACCGAGAGUGCUAAUGCUUACUGAACAUGAUAGCAACAAUGUCCCAUGGACGAGCAUGUCUAAAGUGAUCUCGAGCAUCUCCAGUGACGAUGCGAAUGCGCUCGAAGCGGUCCCUAUCGAUGUAGAUAAUCAUAUAGCAGCGAUUUUAUGCUCGAGUGGAACUACAGGGCUGCCAAAAGGCGUCAUGUUGACAGACAAAAAUAUUACUACAAUGAUACGCAUUUAUAUGAAUGACAGCUCGAUUCCAGAAACUAGUAUAUCUCUGGGACUGCUGCCAUUCUUUCAUGCGUACUCUUUUGUCCUGUUGGUACUCGGUCUAUUAAGAGGAAACUGCAGUGUUGUGCUUUCACGCUUUGAGGAAGAGCAAUUUCUACAGUAUGUGGAGAAAUAUAAGAUUGAAUAUUUGCUCCUGGUACCAUCGCUUUUGGUAUUCCUAGCUAAAAAUCCACUUGUAGAUAAAUAUAACUUAUCCUCUGUUAAAGGAAUAUGGAGUGGAGCGGCUCCAUUGUCAAAGGAAAUUCAGCAUGCAGUCUCUAAACGAUUAAAUAUCAGCGAAGUCGUACAAGGCUACGGAUUGACAGAAACCACUUUAGCUGUACUGCGAUCUCCACGCGAUAAAAUAAAAUCCGGCAGCGUUGGUGUUGUAGUUCCAGGUGUAUCAGCAAAAGUAAUACCAAUCGGAGAAUACGAGACGGAUAAAACUUUAGGGCCAAAUUGCGAAGGAGAAUUAUGCUUCAAAGGAGAUUUGAUAAUGAAGGGAUAUUAUAAUGACGAACAAUCUACUAGAAAGAUAAUUGACAAGAACGGUUGGUUGCAUACAGGAGAUGUAGGAUAUUACGACGAAGAUGGAUAUUUUUACAUUGUCGAUCGAAUAAAAGAACUUAUCAAAUAUCAAGGCUAUCAGGUUCCACCAGCUGAGCUCGAAGCGAUUUUAUUAAGUUAUCCUGGCGUAAAAGACGCGGCCGUCAUUGGCAUACCAAAUGACAAAGUUGGAGAGUUACCUAUGGCCUUCGUUGUAAAGGAAGAUAAUUCCAACAUUUGUGAAAAAGAUAUACUUCAAUAUGUUAAUGAACGCGUAUCAAAUCCUAAGCGAUUGAGAGGUGGAAUAAGAUUUAUAAAUAGCAUUCCAAAAACUCCUUCUGGUAAAAUAUUACGUCGAGUAUUGCGAGAUAAAUUGAAAUCAAAAUUAUAAACUUGUUAAUAUAAAUUUUUCAUAAAUGAUUUGUAUCGUUUGUGACAACAUUGUGUAACUAUUUUUAAGAAAAUGUACAAGUACUUAUUUUUACAAUAAUUAAAUGUAUGUGUAUAUAAUAUAGA